CUACCACAGAACCACCUACAACAACACCAGAACCUACCACAUCAUCUACGUUAUCAACACCACCCCCUGGAUCAACACGUGAAACAAUAAGUCCUGUAACAGGAACAACAACACCAUCUAUAUCAAAACCGGUUGUUAUAGAUACAGCAACAACAGAAUCACCUACUUCGACCCUUAUACCAACAACUACCACAAAGCCUACUACAACAGAAUCAACCACAUCACCUGUGCCAACAACUACCACAAAGCCCACUACAACAGAAUCAACCACAUCACCUGUGACAACUACCACAAAGCCCACUACAACAGAAUCAACCACAUCACCUGUGCCAACAACUACCACAAAGCCCACUACAACAGAAUCAACCACAUCACCUGUGCCAACAACUACCACAAAGCCUACUACAACAGAAUCAACCACAUCACCUGUGACAACUACCACAAAGCCCACUACAACAGAAUCAACCACAUCACCUGUGCCAACAACUACUACAAUGUUUCCUACUACAACACCAGGGACCACCACUUCACCUACCCCUACACCAACUCCACACUACGACUGCCCUGAAUGGGACAAAAACACUAAUGAGACCUUCAUCUUGUGUAACUGCACUAUGGCAAGAUGCAUAGAAGACAACAUCAUCGAAAUUAUUCCAUUUGAAUGCCCUCCACUUCAGAACAUUACCUGUGAAAAUGGCAAAAAUCCAGUGCUUGUCUAUGAUGAGCACUACUGUUGCCAGUAUUACACAUGUGACUGCUUCUGUGAAGGCUGGGGUGACCCACAUUACAUCACAUUUGAUGGACUCUUCUACAGUUACCAAGGAAACUGCACUUAUAUAUUAAUGGAGGAAAUUAGGCCUCAAUACCACUUGACGAUUUACAUUGACAAUGUCUUCUGUGACCCUAUUGAGCAUGUAUCCUGUCCUAGAUCUAUUAUUGUUUCAUACAACAAUCAAGUCAUAACACUUAAAAAUCACAAUUUCUUCGGAGGUGCAGAACUAGAGGCUCUGAUGGGCGAUGUUCUGUUGACGCUACCAUAUGCUCACAAUGGUGUGAGGGUUGUAAGCUCGAGUUUAGACCUGUUCCUAAGUAUUCCACAGCUCAAUGUUGAUGUAUCCUUUGGAGCCACCGGCUUUAGCAUCAACCUGCCAUUCCAGCAUUUUGGAAACAACACACAAGGUCACUGUGGAACAUGCAACAACAACAAGGCUGAUGACUGCAUGAUCCCUGGAGGGAUCUUGGUGGACGACUGUUCGGUGAUGGCAGAUUAUUGGGCAGCCAGUGGUGUAAAUGAUGAAAUGUGUACUCCACCAACUGCAUUGCCAACUGUUGGAGGUGAUAUCAAACCUACACCUAAGCCAUGCAAGGCCCAUCCUGACUGCUUUCUCCUUGGUAGCGAGUUGUUUGAAGCGUGCCAUGCUCAUGUGUCUCCUGAAAACUUCUUUAUGGGAUGUGAAUACGAUAGUUGCCAUAUGAGCAACCCCGCUGUUGUGUGUACCAGUUUGCAGAGUUACGCAAGGUCUUGCUCUCAGUUAGGGAUCUGCGUACACUGGAGGAAUUACACUAACCUUUGCAAUAUUGAAUGCGCAGAAGAUAAAGUCUUCAAUCCUUGUGGUCCUGCUGAGCCACCAAGCUGUGACGAUAUACCUGAACAGAGAACCAUUACAGUGCCCACAGAGGGCUGCUUCUGUCCUGAAGGCACAAUGCUCUUCAACAAGGACUCAGGAGUCUGUGUCAGCAAAUGCGGAUGCAUGGAUGCCUCUGGGACACCACGUGAGUUUGACGAGGUUUUCGAGUACAACUGCGAGGAGUGCGUCUGUGAAAGAGCCAGCAAAUCAGUGACCUGUAAACCCAAGAGUUGUCCUGGCGGAAACCCUGAGGUCUGCACUGAACCUGGCUUUGUGCUGGUCAACUACACCGAUCCCUCAGAACCGUGCUGCAGCAAACAAGUCUGCAAUUGUGAUGUCAGCAUGUGUCCACCUUUGGAUAAGAAGUGUAAUAUUGGAUAUGCACCAAUCCUGGACGUUCCUGAAGGCAAAUGCUGUCCAGAAAUUAAAUGCGAGCCAAAGAAAGUGUGUGUUCACAAAAACACAGAGUAUGAGCCUGGUACCACCAUCCCUGUCAUUGACUGUCAAGAAUGCAAAUGUACUUGGGAUGUGGAUCCCAAAUCACAGUUUUUCAAGAUCAAGUGUGGAUUUGUGCAGUGCAAUGAGAAAUGCGAUCCUGGUUAUGAAUAUAUUGAUGACUUUAGCGACUGCUGUGGAAAGUGUGUGCAAACUCACUGCGUUGUCAAUAUUGAUGGCGUCAAUCAUGUACUGCAGGAGGGAGCCUCUCUGCCCACUUCAAACCCAGGCUGUGACAAAAUCACAUGCAGUAAAGUUAAUGGACAGUUCAUCACUGUCAAAUACACAGUCCAGUGUCCUCCUUUCAACAUUUCCAACUGCCAGCCUGGCACUGUUCAGUUGUCAGCCGAUGGCUGCUGCCAUGUUUGUGUGGACCAAAUUAAGGGAUGUCAAGUACAGUCCAUUCGAGAUUUCAUAAAGCACAACGACUGUCAGUCAGAGAAGAAAAUGGACCUGGCGUUUUGUGGUGGAGACUGCAACAGUUUUAGCAGGUACGCUAAUCCUGGAUUGUCCUCCUGUAGCUGUUGCCAGGCAACACGCUCAAGUAAUCGCACAGUCGAUCUUGCUUGUGUAAACGGAGACAUAAUAAAUCACACAUACAUCCAUGUUGAAGAGUGUUCCUGCAGCAGAACUAAAUGUCACGAAGCGGAAGUGAGCCAAACACUCGCUGAAACCAGCAGAAGGAAACGUAGCGUCAGAUUUCCGUGAACAGCAGUGGGGAAAUCCGACCCAAAACAAAUCUUAGUGAAGCUUUGAUCGGAAACUAAUUUAAAAUUGCACAUGCUGUAUGUUUAACUUUUCUUCAACUUUAUCUAUAGAGCUUUGUUUGUUUUUCUUUGUUGGAUAAAUGUGUACUGUUUUCCUUGCAUGCAAUUAAAAGCAAUUAAAAAAGCAUUUUAAACCUAAA